GCUUUCAACUGACCACAGAGCUAUGCAUCAUUUAAAAAUGAAAACUAUUUUAAACAUAUAGCUCGGAUUUAAAGUAAAGGUUGGAUCGGCAGUAAAGGCUUCAAAAGAGAAGCCCGUUUUGGAAAUAAGACGAGUUAACAUGAAGAUAUUGGAUAUGGUUUUGUUAUCUCAAGUCUGGGGCGUUUUAAUUGGUAUGUUGCAUACUAUUUUUUUUUAGUGGAAUUAUUUCCUGUGCAAUGGUUAUCUCGUUCCAAACAAACCCUUUUGAAAGAUAGAUGCAGACCAAAAGUACGUCCUGUAAUUCCAAGCCUUAUACAGUAUAAUCAAGUUGCAGAAAAGUAACAUAAAACUACAAAACGUACAACACAUCUGCGGCAGGAUUCCAGCGCACACGCUUUAUGGGUUAGCGGUUCUGUUUUUCAAGGACUAAGUAUUUUGUCGUUCGACCCAUCUCUUACCCGUCUUUACAAGAUAAGCUAAUUAUUGAUAACCCUUGGGGGUUGGGGGGAAUUUAAAUUUGCACAUUCUUCUUACAGAGAAGAGCUGGACCGGAUUAAACAAUGUGAGAGAGCAGAGAUGUCCCUGGACAGAGAGCAGGAGGCAUUUUCAGGGCAAGAGCGGACAGCACCCUGUGCAUUUGCACUGAAAGGAAACCAGGCAGCAGCUGAGGAUGACAGUGUUCUGGAAAUGCUAAGCUGCGCUAAGUUUUCUGAUCUGGAAGCUUGGUUGUGCAUGCCUUCCACACUGCUGCCCAGAGCUCUGGAAUCAGCCGGGGAGAUGAUCCAGACACAGGGAGCAGCACAAUGCCACGACCAAAGAAUAAGGCCUGUGGAAAGAAAAGUGUCGGUGUUGGGGAAGUCCCGGACCCUCCCUCUGCUCCCCUUCCCAGAGGGCUCGACCAGGAGGAAGCGAAGACGCCUGCCCACCUCCCCCGGGGGACUCCUGUGUAACAGACCAGGAGCACGGCGCUGGGAAUAUGACAGAGCUGAAACACUGCCUUCAGCAGCCGAGAAGCUCAAUGCCAGCAAUGAUCCUGCUGUGCUCCUCUGGGAGAUCGCAGACAAGGCAGCCCUGAGGAAGAGUCUCUCUGCUGACGAGCGGCUACUCCAGCAGCAACGCAAAGAGCAGCACAAACUGCUCAGCAGGCUGGAGAAGGGCAGGAGCAAGCUGAGGAACAUUCACAGUCUUGGAUCCACAGACGGACAAGAACCUCAAACAAAGACAGAGAACAGGAUUGCCCGUUUUGCUCAGCGGCUGAAUCAAAAGCAAAGAGGGCAAAGCCAGUGCAAUGCGCUGAACGAGGACUUUAGGCACUUCAUGCUCCCAGGUUCCCCAGGCAUUUCACAGAGCUUAGAUAGAAACUUCCAUGUCAAAAUGACCCAGCAAAUGCAGAAUCUGCACCUGUCUCACGCCAAGAAGAGCAGCGGGCCGUCCUCCCCCAGCGCGGCCAAGCGCCUCUACCGCAACCUCUCAGAGAAGCUGAAGGGCAGCCACUCCUCCUUCGACGAGCCCUAUUUCUUCGGCCGCUCGGAUAGGCUGAGGAAGGCGUCCGUGAACGUACAGUGCAGCGAGGCUCUGUUCGAGGCGGUGGAGCAACAGGAUCUGGAUGCCGUUCAGCUCCUGCUCUACCAGUACUCAGCCGAGGAGCUCGACCUCAACACCCCCAACAGCGCGGGGCUAACGCCGCUGGACAUCGCCAUCAUGACCAACAACGUGCCCAUGGCCAGGGUCCUGCUGAAAGCUGGGGCCAAGGAGAGCCCGCAUUUCGUCAGUCAGGAGAGCAGAGUACUGCACCUCAGCACCCUUGUGCAGGAGGCACAGCGUCGCGUGAGUGAGCUGUCUGCACAGGCGACGAGUGAGGGGCUGAGCCUCGACAGCACGGAGAGAGAGAAGCAGCUGAAAGCCUGGGAGUGGAGGUACCGGCUCUACAAGAGGAUGAAGACGGGCUUCGAACACGCCAGAGCCCCGGAGACGCCGUCCAGCGUCCGUCUCACUGUAACGAGCAGCACGUCCCUCACUGUCACCUUCCAGGAGCCCCUCAGCGUCAACUCGGCUGUGGUCACCAGAUACAGAGUCGAGUGGAGCUGCUCGAAGGACUUUUCCACGUUGGCUGGAGAAAUAAUCAUGGAUAAUCUUCAGUCUUUGAGGUGCACUAUCGCAGGUCUAACAACGGGUCAGGCCUACUACGUUCAAGUUUCAGCCUACAAUAUGAAGGGGUGGGGGUCGGCACAGGGAGCCACUCCUGAUGUCGCUGCCCCGUCGAACUGGAAGGAAUAUGGUGGCAGGGAGCCGCGCCGGCACACAGGGCAGAUUGAAGCCCUGGAAAGGCUCCUCCAGCAGGUUCGAAGCUCACAUCAACGUUACAGCUGUCGAGAGUCGUCCAAGUCGCAGAAUCCGAGUCGCAAGCAGUCUGUCUCCAGAAGCCUGAAGCACCUCUUUCAUUCUUCAAACAAGUUUGUGAAAACGUUAAAAAGGGGGCUCUAUGUGGCAACAGUGUUCUAUCACAAAGACGACAUUCUGGUCACCAAUGAGGAUCAGAUCCCCAUUGUUGAAAUAGACGAUUCCUUCACCAGCUCCAUCAUGCAGGACUUUCUCUGGUUCACAAAGCUGUCGUGCAUGUGGGAGGAUGUCCGCUGGCUACGGCAGAGCAUGUCUGUCUCCAUGUCCUCCUCGUCUGUGCUCCAAGCUCGGCAGAAGAUGCUGGCAGCAGCCGGGCAGUUGCAGAAUUUGCUUGGCACGCAUCACUUGGGACGUGUUUAUUACGAGCCCAUUAAAGACAGACAUGGCAAUGUGCUGCUAGUUACUGUAAGAGAGGUGGAGAGCCUCUACUCCUUCUUCAAUGGCAAGUGGAUGCAGAUAUCCAAACUGCAGAGCCAGAGGAAAUCCCUCUCUACCCCGGACGAGCCCACAGCUCUCGAUGUGCUGCUGAUCACAAUCCAGGAUGUCCUGUCCUAUCAGCGGAGGAGCCAGCAUCGCCUGUCUCCAGGACUGUACCUGGGCUACCUGAAGCUGUGCAGCUCCGUGGAUCAGAUUAAAGUCCUCGUCCCACAGAAGCUGCCCAACGUCCUGUGCCACUCGAAAAUCCGAGACAACUGCAACGUGUCCAGAGAUGAGUGGGAAUGGCUCCAGAAGCUGUCUGGCCCUGCUUAUGUGGAAAGUACUGAUCAGACGCCUGCCUGCCACACUCAAUUGUUCUUCUAUGAGCUCCAGAUGGCUGUGAAAGCCCUGCUUAAACAAAUCAAUCUACCUCUGCACCAGGCCAGGCACUUGCGUCUGUACACACAGGAGGUGCUGGAGCUGGGUCACAAUGUCUCCUUUCUUCUGCUGCUGCCUGCCUCAGACGACGUCUGCACUGCCCCAGGACAGAGUAACCCUUACACCCCGCUCUCAGGCUUUCUUAACCUCCCUCUUCAAAUGUUUGAACUAGUUCAUUUUUGCACUUACAAGGAGAAAUUCAUCAGCCUGUACUGCCGCUUGUCUGCUGUGCUGGACCUCGACUCGCUCAUUACCCAGCAGUCCCUGCGAGAGGCCAUCUCGGACACGGAAGUUGCGUCGGCUAAGCAGAGGCAUCAGCAAGUUCUAGACAACAUGCAGCAAAUGGAUGAGAUGUGGCGUGAGAUGAGGUGGAUCAUGGACGUGCUGCAGUAUGCCCGCUACAAGCAGCCUGUGGGUGGCCUGCCUGUGCCGUGGCUUGUGGACUCCACGGUGGAGCACGUGCCUGAGAAGAACGACUCCACGUCCUCGCACAUGGACUACCUGCCCACGCCCUCCCCCUCGCCAGAGAUGCAUCGCAGGAAGGCUGUGAGCGACUCCCAGCCUUGCUCCGAUGAAGAGGGCUGCUCGGAAGUGUUUCUCCCCACAGACAGCGACUACGACUCAAGCGACGCCCUGAGCCCGCGAGAGCUGGACCUCGUCUACUCCUCGUCCCAGGACAUCUCCCAGCAGGUGCUUUCGGGGCUGAGCGGGAGUGCGCCAGACGUGCUGCAGGUGCACGACCUGAAGUCGCCCCUCAGCCCCAGGGAGCAGUGCAACAGGGGGCCCUUCGACGCAGACACAGACUCCUUCACGAAGACCAUGGGCGGCUUGACUCUAAGGGGCACAGACAAGGCCACUUCCGGCAAGCAGCCAGGGAACAACCCCCAUAGCAAGAGGAAGCUUCUGUCCAAACACCAUCACCACAGCUACUUCAGCUGCCACCACCGCUGGCUGCGCGUGCACAGCGAGAGCCAGGCCGCCUCGCUGUCGGAGGGGCUGUACACGCAGCAGCGGGAGUGCCCGUCCUUACCGCUGGAGUCUGCCUGCGGGGGAGACAUGAAGACCGUAGCAGAGCUACCGCGUAGCUCUUUCUUACCUCACGCCUCCAGCCUCCCGGAAGAAGGGAAGGAGAGAUACAAGGAGUCCAAACCGAACGUCCGCAGGAUAUUCGUGGAGCCUUGCAGAAUGCCGUUGUCCAAUGAGGGCUUAAAAGCGUGGACUCUGAACGUAGGAGAGUCUCCUCCCGCGGUGGGAGACGCGAGUGCCGUAGCUGGAAGUGUGGGACAAGACAUCGACUCCGAUGACCAAACCAAUUCUCAAGUAUCAGAAAUAUUCAGCAGUACACUCUAGGAGUAUAAAUGCUUUUACUUGAUCGAAGAUGCUUUAUCUUUUUUUUUUUUUUUUUUUUUGAAUGCAAUUUGUAUAUGAUACGAACGUUGUUGGAAUCUGUUUGUGUUUUUGUACGUGUUCUAUAACUGAGCAUGCAAAGCUGUUUUUUUUUUUUUUUUGUUAUUUUAUGUAUCGUGCACAAGGCUUACUGGGAUUCUACAUCCUUGAAUUAAAUUGUAAAAAUAGAACUUAACUAAAGUUGCUGGACAACUCUUUAAAGUAAGAAAAAUACACCCAUGGCUCUUGACUGUUCUAAUAAUCAAUGCAAUGCUGAGAUAAGCACUGCUUGUAAGAUUUUAACUUGAACAACUGCGUGCACCCGAGGCACAACAGGCAAGUAACGUAGUACGUUUUAAAAUUCAAUUCAUUGUUCGAAAAAUAUAGUUUAAAAAUAAGUUAAAUUAAAAAAAGAAAUGAAAAGUUACCAUGCUUAUGAAUUGGCACUGUUCAGCCAUAUGUUUAAAUAUAGGAACACAGUGGAAGGCUGCCUAUCCAGCCAGCAGAACUGACAUAUAGAAAGGUAUGUGUAAAAGCUAGAUCCAUUCAGAAUAAAAGAACACAUAGUACAUAAUCUUCCAUGUUUCACUCUGCCAUCAGCAUUGAUUCAGAACGUCGAUUUAGCUCUAAUCGGCAGUGCAGUCGUAAAUCUGAAGGUACCGCGACGGUACUAAAAUAUUGAUCUUCUUAAACAAGAAUGAUUGUACAAAUUCACAUGUUAUUUUUGUACCGAACUUCUAGAAGCUCAUCUAAUAGAUCAUGCAUUUAUCCAAUGUCUACAAGUAUUUCCACAAAGUGUCAUUCUCGAUCUUGUCAGAGUGCUUUACUUUACGUGUCUGUGUGUCAGUGGCUUUGUUUCCACAGUCCUAGUCGAUACACUGUUGCUGUCGUCUUCGUCAGCAUUUUUAACCUUAAAGAAGUAGAUUGUAGUAGAAGUUCCUAAUGCUCAUGUCAUUGCAUCAAGAGAACAACUGACUGAAUCAGACAGUUGGGAGGCAGAUGUGAGUAAUGUGACUUAGCUUUCCUAUAUUCCGGCUAGACUACACCACUGGCACUGAUCCUAGACUACCUUACCUAAAUUAACAAGCAGUAGUCCAAGAUUAGUGCUAAUCGGGGUCUGUGAAUUCCAUCAUGUGAUUUAAAAGGUAGCGUUAUUUAAAUAUGCCUCCUGUUUAGAUCACUGACGUACAAUAGAAGGGAAGACCCCCUUAAUGUUCUGUUCAGGUAUUCCACAUUCCACUGUGAUUCCAAAAGCGUUCCAUAAAGGUACCACUGAAUUCCAGUAUGUUAGAGGACAUUCUAUUGCACUUUUGUAUUCUGAAACUUGAUAUUUGGACUACAUUACAAAAAAACAUUAUUUAUCGUUUUAAGUGUAAAAAAAAAAUGAUAGUGACUGCAUCCAGAGUAAAUGUAUUUUUAACCACACAGCUAAAGCCAACACUGUUUAUCUGUAUUUAUUUGUGCAGCGCAUCCUGCUGUGUACUGUUUUAUGUGUGAAGUAUUUAAGACCCCAGAUGGGCUUCUUUGGAAUUGUGUUUUUAAUAUGUUUGCAGACCAGAGUAAAAAAAGAGUAUUUUCAGAAAAAUAAGGGUUUCGUUAAAUCUUUAUAUGGUAAAAAAUAUAAAUAUAUAUAUUAUCUGUGCAAAGGGCAGAGUUAAAGUUUGUAAAUAGUGUUUGUUUGCUAGUUGCAAUCGUCAGAACGUUAAUAUGUGUUGUUAGUAAUACAGUCUGGUGUAUGUUGAACAAAUAACAAAUACUGGCAUUGUAUGUGCUCUGGAAAUAUCAGUUUGAUAGCCAUGAAUAAGCAUAUUGUCAACACUUUAAAAUAAUGACUGCAGAUUCACAAUGGAAGAAGAACUCACAGGAAGUGCACAAGAUAUUCAGGUGUUGUUCCUGUGGGGUUCAGAUGGAAUUCAUUGUGAAUUUGUGGCUAUUAUUCUAAAGUGUUGCCUGUCAUGUGGCUGACCAUACACACACACACACACACACACACACACACACACACACACACACACACACACACAUAACAUAACCCACGGCUUUGCAACACUCACACUGAAGACAUACUGUAUGGAAGUGCUAAAAGUGUGAUUCUACAUGAAGGGGUGUAUACAGCCUCUUUUUAGAAUGUCUUUAUAACAGCUUUUUAUAUUUCCUUACAAUAACAAUCGUUUGCCCAGUACAAGGAAAAUUACUCCGUUUUUAUUUUUUAUACUAUCUCAAACUGUUGCAGUUCAGUAUUUGGUAUUGCCUCGCAUGUAUCUCAGGAAAGUUUAAGUUCCUCCAUAAAAUGUAAAUGUAUUAUUAAAUACAAAAAACAAUUGUUUUAUUUUUGUAAACCGCAUAAAAUGAAUUUCAGAUGCUCACCGCGCUAAAGGAGCACAUUUUAGAGAGUUAGAGAGUAGCAGAUGUCAUUAUACAGUUUAUGUCUGCUCUCUCUCUCUCUCUCACUCUCUCUCUCUCUCUCUAUCUCUCUCACUCUCUCGCUUUCUAUUCCUCAGCACUUGCAAAGGCUUCAGCCCGACAACGUCCUGUGUGGCCCUCACAAACAUUCUGUGUUCGGUUCAGUCCAGAGUUUUCAGAGCAUUCUGGAAUAUUCAGAUUUAUUCCGGAAGGCCCAGCUGUCAUCUGAUGACCUGUUUUCAGUGUCAUAGGCUUGUAAAGCUGAGGGAACACGAAGCUGCUUUGUGGCUUGGAACUUAGUUUCAGGACACUAGGUUUCAGGCCACUGCAUGGCACACCAGGGGAGACUUGGGGGUUGAUACAGCAAAGCCACUGUUCCUGAAAAAGUGGCUUCGUGAUCCUUCAGAUUAAGACUUUGAACACAAGGGGGCAGUCACCCGCUGAUCAUUUUGAAUUGAAUGGUCAUGGAUGUGAGGAAGGUAUUCUUUCUCCAUGUGUGUGAGUGGGUAGAGAAGUGAGGAGGUUUUUGCUUCAUAAUUGGUAUAUACCAGUCAACUUUUCCUGAAUGCUUUUGAAGCAGGCCAAGGCAAGAUUUACUGAGCUUCAGUGCAAAGUUAAUAUACUGUUCAGUUUCCAAAACCGGUAUAAUGCGACUCAGAUGUAGGUUACUAUUUAUUACAAGUUUUGAAACAAUAGCUUUUUAUUCCCCUUAGACAAAAAGUUGGAAUGAAAUCUUACUAAAUCAGGUUUUGCUGGACUCAUCUACAUUCGUGGUUUUAGAGCUUUUAACCUUCUCUCAUCUCACCGACAGGACCAAAUCCGUAACAACAGCGUAUGAAAGAUAUUUAUCAUCAGAACAACUUGACAUUGCUGAAUGUUUGUGAGUAGAGGCCAAUAAACCAAUAACAUUUAGUUUGUUUCUUACAUUUGACUUCAUUAUCCAAAGUUAAGCAUACCAAAAAUCUGAAAUAUCAUUUGUUGUUUGAAACACUAUGAAAGUAAAUUAUGUUUGUGAAUAUAUAUAUAUAUAUAUAUAUAUAUAUAUAUAUAUACAUAUAUAUAUAUAUUUUUUUUUUAAUUAAGUUUUAAAACUGUCUUUGCAUGCGUCGCAAGCUUUUGUUCUGUUUUCACUAGCUUUUGUUCCGAGUUGUGCUGCUGUUUUCUUUGAAUCAGUUUGGUUUGUGCAUUCACUUGUUGUUGGUUUUUUAAACUGUAAAUUAAACGUUGAGAAGUUUCUCAUUGCUGGGACAAACCAAGUGAGUAUUUUGAUCUCCACACUGGAAACAUUUUGUAACAUAUUACUUAACCAGAUUAUUCUAUUGUAAAACUUUUACUGUACUGUGUUUUUGAUCCAAUAAGAAAAAGCCUUAACUGUUGGCAUGUUUGUGGACGGCUAUUUUGUUACAAGAAUGUAUGUUGUUGUUAUUGCCAUCUUGGAAAAAAAGGGCACAUCGCUUUCUCCAGUAAAUGAUAUUCUUCAGAAAUUUGCAGACUGUUUUUAUAGUGUUAUUACAAAGUUUGGUUUGAAGUCAUUUUGAGGUGUAACAGUGCACUAAACAUUCCUAAAGCUCAACUGAAAUAUUAAAGAACCUUGAC